AUGAUGGGCCACAACCAUUCAAAAACUGAGCCACACACCGCAUUUGCAGAAGGCAGGAAGAAAUGCUGCCCUCUCUCAUCAAAUCGCCAACCCCAACCUCCUUCCUUCUCACUCCUUCCCUCUCUCCCUCCUUCCUCUCUUUCAAAACUCCCAUUCCAACCAAAACCCACCAUUUUCUUCCUCUUUCCCUUCCAAAAAAAUUCCUUCCUCUCUCUUGUUCCUCCUCUCAAUCGCCCUUAAAUGGUGAUGAAGAAGAAGAAAAUGUCAUCGGCGACUGUCUUGUCUUUGAAGAAGGCAUCUUCGACGACCCUUUCCUCCAUAUCGAUUACGACGGAAGAAUCCCUAUACGAAAAAAACCGAGGCCUGUUGCAGCAGAGAGCUUGGUGCCCGACGAAUGGAUGGAAGCCCAUGCGGAAAUCAACAUGACCAAGAAGGAGAAGCGGACGAUUGCCAAGCAGUUGGAAUUUGGGAGCCGCGUUGAGAAGAAGAGGAAUAGGACAGCCCUGCCGGCUGUGUUGCUGAAUAUGGAGGAGCGCCAGUCGUUCAAGCCGUCACAGCUGAAGCCGGUCGUUCUCGACCACCCCGAGUAUCCCCUUCCGGAAGAGGUGGAGACGAGUUCCGGUAACAAUGAUGGGGAAUUGGGUGAUGCUUCGGGCGGUAGAGUGGCGCCGAAGAAUCCGAGGUUGGGAGUUGCGGAUGGUAGUUUAGAGGACGUAGCGGAGUUUUUCAGGAGCAGUGACUAUGAACCUGGGGCAAAUGGAAACAAGAAUUCCCAAGGUCCGCGUAAGUUGUUUACAAAGGAGGAAAAAGUUCUCUUGAACAAACGGAUACCUAAUUUGGCAGAUGCUACCUCAAGGAAAUGGUUGCCUUUGCAUACUCUUGCUGCAUCAGGAGAGUUUUACCUUGUGGAUAAGUUGCUAAAACACAAUGUCGAUAUCAAUGCUGCUGAUAAGGAUGGUUUGACGGCAAUUCACAAAGCAAUACUUGGCAAAAAACAGGCUAUCACUAACUAUCUUUUGAGAGAAUCAGCAAAUCCCUUUGUCCGUGAUAAAGAAGGUGCCACCUUGAUGCAUUAUGCAGUCCAAGUUGCAUCCAGUCCGAUGAUCAAGAUUCUUCUAUUAUAUAAUGUUGACAUUAACCUUUCUGAUGAUGAUGGAUGGACGCCAUUGCAUCUUGCUGUGCAAAACAAAAGAACUGAUGUCGUUAGGCUUUUGUUAAUAAAAGGAGCUGAUAAGACGUUGAAGAAUCGGGAUGGUUUGACCCCACUGGACCUCUGCCUCUAUUCGGGUCGAGAUGUGAGGACAUAUGAGCUUAUUAAGCUAUUGAAGGAGCUGCCCAAGUCAUAAUAUUUGCUUUGGAUGAGUCAGCUGUAAGGACUUCCAUAUCCACUAUGGGCAAUUGUAAGAAUUUUGAUCGUAUGUUGUCUAAGUUCCUUAUUAUCGAUGGUCAAGGGGUGGCUAUAGGUCGGGUUGGCGUGGCGCACGGGUCAACUGGUCCGUCCCACUUCCGAGCCAGGUUUCAGCCAGAAAAUUGGUUGGACACUGCUUGAACCCUGCCAGACCUGACCUGAGCUGCCCAACCCGAUCGAAGCCAAUUACAAUUGUAUAUUUAUGUGUAAUGUGGCAUGUAUCUGUCAAUGUUUAGAAAUCAGUUUUAGUGCGUAUACUGUUACAAUGGGUUGGGGGCAUAUGCUGUUACAAUGUUUAGAAAUCGGUUUUGGUGCAAUGUACUGGUCGCUGGAUCUAAUUCAUAGACGAUAUGAGCUGAUAUGGCUGGUUA